AUGGCGAGCACCGAGUCUCUGCUUCUGUGUUGUCCCUUUGAUUAUGGCGGUGCUCGGGUGAGUCAGGUAGCACCUUGUUUUGGGAGGAGUUUGAGGUUCCCAAUUUGGAAUUCAGUGCAUAUUAAUACUGAUUCUAAUCCAAAGAAUUAUCGUCUAAGGGUGAAGGUGCAAAUGCAAUCAAAUAUGAUGAUGAAGCCCAAUUCUGACAACAAAAUCCCACAUGUGCUCACUGUUGCUGGGUCUGAUUCUGGGGGUGGUGCUGGAAUCCAAGCUGAUCUUAAGGCUUGUGCGGCUCGCCGGGUUUACUGUUCCACUGUCGUUACUGCCGUUACUGCACAGAACACUGUUGGGGUUCAGGGUGUAAACAUUGUGCCUGAGGAUUUUGUGGCUGAGCAGUUGCAGUCUGUGCUUUCUGAUAUGCAUGUUGAUGUGGUCAAGACAGGCAUGCUUCCGUCUCUUAAUAUAGUGAAGGUUCUCUGUCAGAACCUUAGGAAAUUUCCCGUCAAAGCUCUCGUGGUUGAUCCUGUCAUGAAAUCUACAAGUGGGGAUGUACUUGCUGGUCCUUCUGUUCUUACAGGAUUUCUGGAGGAGCUGCUUCCCAUGACUGACAUUGUAACCCCGAAUAUAAAAGAGGCGUCAGUUUUACUUGGAGGUGUGCCAUUGAAAUCAGUUUCUGACAUGCGUACUGCUGCCAAACUGAUACAUGAUUUGGGUCCCAGGAAUGUACUUGUCAAGGGCGGUGACCUCCCUGAUUCGUCAGAUGCUAUUGAUGUAUUCUUUGAUGGUGAGGAGUUCUACGAGCUGUGUUCACCGCGUGUAAAUACUCGCAAUACACAUGGUACUGGCUGUACCUUGGCAUCAUGCAUAUCAGCAGAGCUGGCAAAAGGUUCAUCAAUGCUUUCUGCAGUUAAGACCGCUAAACAUUUUAUUGAGGUUGCCUUGGAUUAUAGUAGAGACAUGGCAAUGGGAAAUGGAGCUCAAGGCCCUUUUGACCAUUUUUUGGAACUUAAGAAUAUCAAUCAGAGUUCUUCAAGGCAGACUAGGUUCAACCCAAAUGACUUACUUUUGUAUGCUGUAACUGAUUCAACUAUGAAUAGGAAGUGGGGCCGCUCUAUUGCCGAAGCUGUUAAGGCUGCUGUAGAAGGAGGUGCUACCAUUGUUCAAUUAAGGGAAAAGGAUGCUGAGACACGGGAUUUUCUUGAUGCUGCCAAAGUAUGCCUUGAAAUAUGCCGUUCCUAUGGAGUACCAUUACUUAUAAAUGAUCGUCUAGAUGUGGCCCUUGCUUGUGAUGCUGAUGGUGUUCAUGUUGGUCAGUCUGACAUGCCAGCACGUCUUGCAAGAACUCUCCUUGGUCCUGAAAAGAUAAUUGGCGUAUCAUGCAAGACGCCUGAGCAAGCCCACCAAGCAUGGAUUGACGGUGCUGAUUACAUUGGUUGUGGUGGUGUAUAUCCUACCAACACAAAAGCAAAUAACCGUACCAUAGGCUUAGACGGCUUGAAGGAAGUAUGCCAGGUCUCUAGACUGCCUGUGGUAGCAAUUGGUGGCAUUGGUCUGUCAAAUGCACGUGCAGUAAUGGAAAUCGGUGAACCAAAUCUGAAAGGGGUUGCUGUCGUGUCUACACUUUUUGACAGGGAAUGCAUUUUGACUGAGACUAGAAACUUGCACGCGUUAGUAAGUUAG